UUUAACUUAUUAUGCAGAGGAGGGCAGCAGAGAGCCUCAGUGCUGUGCAAAACGUCACGUGACCACUUGGGCCUAAAGGCCGGGGACAUGAGUGUGUUGACAAAAAUGGUGCAGUCCUCUGCCUUCAGAUCCCCUGCCUUCAUCAUUCUCUCCAUCAAACUUAAAGGACCAGUCUCUCUGUUUUGGUUUCCUGAAGCUCCUGCUGCCUUCAUCAGAUGACCGGACAGUCUCUGUAGGUUUAGACACAAGGAAAUUUCAGCCAUGGCCAAGAGUCUGAGGGGUCCUAAGGGGGCUCUGAGAGAGAUCCAGAUCAACUUACUGGAGUGUAAAGUGUGCUUUGAGAAGUUCAACACUCAACAGAGGGAGCGCAGACCGCAGAACCUUUCCUGUGGCCAUGUUCUCUGUCUGGAAUGCAUCGCAGCUUUGUCCCACCCUCUCCUGAGGAAGCUGGAGUGCCCGUUCUGCAGACAGCUGUGCAGUGUUGACAGCACCUCCCCCUGCCAGGUUCUGACAGACCUGCAGGAGAUGUUGUUUUACGUGAGUCCCACAUCUUCAAAAGAAGGUUUUUGCCCAGCCACAGGUCUGACAUCUACAGCUCUGCACCUCUGCACAGCUUUCGGUGGAUGGGGGACUCUCUUCAACCCCACUGGGAUAGCCGUUUUGGGGGCCUCAGGGACAGUAGUGGUGGUGCAUGAUGGAGAGGAAAGGGUUGUGGUGUUCAGCCCACAGGGAAGGAAGCUGCACAGCUUUGGGCCAAGAGGACGAGCUGCAGAGGAGAUCUGUUACCCUGUGGAUGUUGCUGCGACACCCUGUGGUUACGUGGUGGUGACUGAUGCUGGAGAUCAAGCUGUGAAGGUUUUUACUUCAAGAGGGAAACAUGUAUUGACAAUCAAAGAGUUAUUCCUGAUGCCUUGGGGUGUUGACUCAGACAGCCAUGGAGACAUCCUGGUCACAGACCCCCAAACUGGCAUACUCUCCCAAGUAAAAGUGGACUAUAAUCGUGGCGUCAUUCUGAAGUGUGAACCAGUUGUUUCAGACCUCCAACAUCCAAAAACAGUGGCCUGCUGUCAGGUGACCGGGAAUGCUGCAGUUUUGGAGCAUCUACCUGAUGAGAAGUAUCCUCCAAGUACUCACCAACACUGGAGAUUAAAAGUGUUUUCUACAGAUUUCCACCUCAUUUAUCAGGCUGAUAGUUUCAGCCUGGCCCUGCAGUCUACAGUGAGGCUCAACAUAUCAGGUGUUGCGUUUGAUGGAGAUAGAGGUGUUAUUGUGAUUGACUCCAACCAAGGAAUGAUUUGGAGUUUGGGGAAUGUGCAGAAAGGCCCUCACCUGUCUCCUCUAGUGGGAGACCAUCUUAUCCGUCCCACUGGGCUGGUGUUACUGAAGAAUACACUCGUCAUUCUGGACAGUGGAGACCAUACAGUGAAGAUUUGUUCUGCUAGAUCUGAUGCCUGGCCGAUCAAAUAGCUCCUGGUGGGGCUAUUUGUGAAAUUUAGUUCAUCGUAUUGUGAUGACUUGCCGUGGUCACAGUAUAUAUAAAUGUAAAUAAAGUUGUGCAUAAAAAACUUUAGAAUUAAAAAGUGUGAUUAUAAUAAAAUA